ACCAUACAAUAAACGGAAAGUAAACAAACGCAAACCCCGAGAUCGAAGUAACAACAGCUUAACAUCACUGUCCCACUCCCACGUUGUUACUUCGGCUCUCUCCUUCUUACUUGGAUCCCUCUCCGGCGCUCUCUUGCCAUCGCACAGGGAUGAGUACCGGCGACCUUCUCACCAUCGAGCCUCAGGAGCUCAAAUUUCCAUUUGAAUUGAGGAAGCAGAUCUCUUGUUCCCUAGUGCUGUUAAAUAAGAGCGACAAUUAUGUGGCUUUCAAGGUUAAGACGACGAAUCCCAAAAAGUACUGUGUUAGGCCGAAUACUGGGGUUAUGUCGCCAAGGUCCACAUGUGAUGUUAUAGUUACAAUGCAAGCACAAAAGGAGGCGCCUCCUGAUAUGCAAUGCAAGGACAAGUUUUUACUUCAGGGUGUAGUUGCAAGUCCUGGAGCUACAGCUAAGGAUAUCAAUGCAGAGAUGUUCAAUAAGGAGGCGGGGCAUCAUGUUGAAGAGUGGAAAUUAAGGGUUGUUUAUGUUGCUCCUCCUAGAGCACCAUCACCAGUUCGAGAAGGAUCUGAGGAAGAUUCUUCACCCAGAGCAUCUGUCUCUGACAAUGGGAGUCUGAGUGCCUCUGAACGCACAGUUAUUUCAACACCUUAUGUUGAGAGAAAUGAGCCUCAAGAUAACUCAUUUGAGGCAAGGGCUCUUAUUUCCAAGUUGACUGAGGAGAAAAAUUCUGCUAUUCAGCAAAACAAGAAGCUUCAACAAGAACUGGAGCUGUUGAGGCAUCAAUCCAGCAGGAGCAGGAGAAGUGGUGGUAUCCCAUUUAUAUACGUUGUUCUUGUUGGUUUGAUUGGCAUCAUUUUGGGUUACCUCAUGAAAAGGACAUCACCAGUCACGUUGCCUGCCAAUGAUUCUGUUUGACAUUCCUUUUGAAAAAUUGGAAUGUGGAAUGAUGAAGACGUGUGACUGAUCAGUGGAACUCUUUCUUUCUUGGUCUGUAAUGACCCUAGAGAAACAUGUCAAAUGUAUGACUGGCAAGAGGAAAUUGUUGUGUAUUAUUAUUACCAGUUGAUGGUGGUAAGAAGCACAGAGGAUUUAGUAGGUUCUGUAAUUGAAGGUCGAAGCUAUUGUAUGACCAACUUCUUGAUAACCAUUCCUAGCUCAUCUCUCUUAAUGUGGCGAAGAAUGUAUUUUCAUCUUCAUAGCUUC